GCACGGAAGUGACUCUAAAACGUAUGACAAUGAAGGAAGGUAAGUAUACACCGGCGAAUCUUGAGUUAAUGUUUAGCAAAUACGCGAGGACCGUGCCAGAUAAGUUGAGUCUUGGAGAACUAUGGGACAUGACCGAAGGAAACCGCGAUGCCUUUGACUUUUUUGGAUGGUUAGCGAGCAAGGUGGAAUGGGGAGUAUUGUAUGCAUUAGCGAGUGACGAAGAAGGAUUCUUGUCUAAAGAAGCCAUAAGGCGGUGCUUUGAUGGAAGCUUGUUCGAGUAUUGUGCAAAGAACUACGCUGAGAUCAAGGAGUACAAGACGUACUACUGAUCAUCAUUCGUUGAUGAAUGUGAUGAUGAAGAUGAUGAUAUGUAGAUGUUAGUUCUUUUUAUUCGAAGCAACACGCUCGUAGACUUGUGAAGACACUUGAAUUAAUUCAGUAGUAGUUA